GCAGCACCUUCUUGGCGGAGCUCUGAGCCGGGGAGUGUGCGCCCACCACGCCGAGCCUAAGUCUCUGAGCCUCGAGCUCCUCGGCUGCUCUUCCAGGCCACGUGUAGUGGCUCGGGCCGGUCUGGGCUCCAGCUCAUUCCAGAUCCAGGUCUGCUCGCUUCCAGCUCCGGCUGUUCCAGUUCCAGUGGUUCCAGUUCCAGCGGUUCCAGUUCCAGCGGUUCCAGUUCCAGCGGUUCCAGCUCCAGGCGGGUCCAGAUCCAGUGCUUCCAGAUCCUGUGGUUCCAGGUCGGCUCGUUCCAGCUCGAGUUCCGGUGGUUCCAGGUCCAGAUCCAGUGGUUCCAGAUCCGGUGGUUCCCUAUCCAGCCAGCCCUCCCUAGAGCCCAGCUGCUGAGCGAUGGCUUUCUCCAAGCCUGAGUGUAAGAAAAUGCCCAUCCUGCCCACCAUCCAGGAGGGGGAACGGGUACUCACCUUCCACGGGCCCAUAAUCCGGGAGGCCGAGUGCAUCCGUGUGGCCAUAGAAAAUAGGCAGGUCCAGUAUUUGGUGCGCUACAAGCUCGAGAGCGGCUCGGGGAUGAGCCGCUUCUUGUCUGGAGGCAGGGCCUAUCCCUACGCCACUCCCAUGCCGCCCCCCCCCUCCCCGGGGCCCACCACCUCCGGUAGCAUCAGCAAAGGUUCUGAGGAUGGCGCCUGCAAAAGUCACGAGGGUAGCCUGGGAGAGACCAGCCCCGGCAGCGGGGCCGAGGCCGGCACUGAGGCCAAGGUCGAGGUCGGCGCCGUGGCUGGGGUCGAGGCCGGGGCCGGGGUCGAUGCCGGGGCCAGCACCGAGGCCGAGGCCGGGGCCGGGGCCAGCUCCGAGGCCGGGGCCGGGGCCGGGGCCAGCACCGAGGCCGGGGCCGGGGCCAGUGCCGAGGCCGGGGCCAGCACCGAGGCCGGGGCCGGGGCCAGCGCCGGCACCACUAGUGCCGGCUUCGCCGUGCCUGGCUGUAGCGCUGCGAGCGCUUUUUUCAGUAUUCGAGAGCAGCGUGCCCCCGUGACCACCUGGUCUUACGAGUGGAUCCCUGAGAGCCGUGUGUUGCGCUACAGUGCGGCCGGGAGGGAUAGUGAUAGCGACGACUCCUCCUCGGCCUCCUCUGAAACCUGUAGCCGGGCCUCUGACCCCGGGGAGGGCAGCAGCCACUGCAGCAGAGAGGGAGGGGCCGAGGGGCCCAAAGACAGGGAGGGCGAGAAGGCCCUGGCCGUGGUCGGCCCUGUGCCCGAAAAGAAAUAUAUCAAAAGGCGGGAGGUCAAGGUGACCCUGCCCAAUGCCCUGAAGCCCCUGCUCGUUAAAGAUUGGGAGCUGGUGAUCCACAGCAAAAAGCUCUUCAUUCUUCCGGCCCGGAAGAAUGUUGACGAGAUCCUGGCCGAGUACGCCCUCCUGCAGCAGAAUUCGGGGGUGCUCACCAAGCGCUACGCCGUGCAGGAGCUGGUGGCCGGCAUCAAAGAGUAUUUCAACGUGAUGUUGGGUACUCAGCUGCUCUAUAAGUUUGAGCGGCCCCAAUACAACGACAUCGUAGCCAGCCACCCCACCCUGCGCAUGUCCCAGAUCUACGGGGGGGCCCAUCUGCUGCGCCUCUUUGUGCAGCUCGGCUCGAUGCUGGCCUACACGGCCCUGGAUGACAGCAGCCUCAACCUGCUGCUGGGCCACAUGCACGAUUUCCUCAAGUACCUAGCCAGCAACACCUCGGUGCUCUUCAGUGCGGAGGACUACGAGUCCGCCAGCGCCGAGUACCUCGAGAGGGUCGAGUGAGCGGCCGCCGGCCGUGCCGGCACGCCAGGUUGCCUGCUCCGGCAGCCUUCGUUCAGUCUCGGGCGUGCUCGUUUUUUUUGAGAUUGUUAUUUUUUGAUUUUGAAUUUUUUGGUUACAUGCGGGCGGGAAAGGCCGCCGGCG